AAUAAAUAUUCACCUGACGAUGUUUUUAAGUCAGUUUGAACUAAGCGGAGUUCGUCACUGGCCGCCGAACGCGCGGUAAAGAUGGCGAUUGGAAAAAUAGUUUUAUUUUUUGUAUUAAAUGUUAUAUUCUGUGUUAACUGUCAACUUGGACUUGAUGAAGGAGCCCCGUGCAUCACCACAGGAUUAAAGGGAAAGUGCGUGAACGUCUUUAAAUGUAAUUCAGCAGCCUUAACCUAUUUAUAUACUAACGCUGGUUUUAAUUUAGAGGAGUACAAAAUCCCUCCACUUCCAGAAAUAUGUUCGUACAAGGACAAUGAGCCUGUAGUCUGCUGCACCGACUGCGAUGUGGGGCAGGAGAAAUACCGUGACAUCGCCAUUGGUGCCCAUGGAUAUAUGGUCAACAAAAAAGGAUCCGUGGCCUUAGAAAAAUGCUUGGAGAAUUUCCAGAAGCUACCGUUCGGCUGUCGUUUCCCUGGCUACUUCACGAUAGACAAGACUUGGCUCCAUGACCGCAAGUGUCACAACCAUUCGAUCAGUACGGGUUCCGUCGGAUUCGCUGUUGGAGGACGAGAUGCCAAAAGAUGGGAGUUUCCACAUGUGGCCUUGCUGGGUUAUGGAGAUGACGUAGAUUCCGCGCAGUGGCUGUGUGGAGGAUCAGUGAUCAGCGAGAGAUUCAUCCUCACUGCUGCACACUGCUCAUCUACUCGUUUGCUAGGUGACAUUAGAUACGCCGCACUUGGGCUUUUGAGACGAACGGAUCCUAAAGAAAACUGGAAAAUAUACGAAAUCAAGAGAAUAAUCAAUCAUCCUGAAUACAGACCACCUUCCAAGUAUAAUGACAUAGCACUCUUAGAGACCGUAAACGAGAUAGCGUUUGGGCAGGACUUGUUGCCAGCUUGUCUGCAUACAGGAACUACUCAAAUAAGAUUUGCUGAUGCAUCUGGCUGGGGGCGUCUAGGACACAGACAGGCCUUGGCAGACACCCUACAAGUGGUGAAUCUGGAGGAAUUCGACAGAGAUGAAUGUUCAAAAAUGUACAGACCACACCGACAUUUAGCUAACGGCUACGAUGACUCAAAACAAAUGUGUUUCGGGUCCCGAUACGAAGUCAUAGAUACUUGUGAAGGUGACAGUGGAGGCCCUCUUCAAUAUGGCAGUGAAAAAUGCUUCCACACAAUAAUGGGUGUGACGUCAUUCGGCAAGGACUGCGGCAUCCUCGGCUCGGCCGGCAUGUACACCAGGGUCUCAUACUACGUACCCUGGAUCGAAGGCAUCGUCUGGCCUGAGGCAGUGGAGAAACGUAGGCAGAAGGAAAACCAAUGGGUAAACAAAUGGGUGUUAUAAAGCUCUCUACGUUUUUAGAAGAAGUUAUUUAGUAACGAUUUACCCAAUGAUUGUAAAGUAUCUAAUCUAUACAUAUAAUAAAAUCGUAGAAAAGUGCUGUCUGUACAUUGAAAAUAAAAAUAAAAAAAAUAGCAGGGGUUAUUGUUAUGUCGAUGUCGAACCCAAAAAUGUAAUUAACUUUUUUUUUGUCUGUUUGUCUGUUUGUCUGUUUGUCUGUUUGUCUGUUUGUCUGUUUGUCUGUUUGUCUGUUCGUCUGUGCGCGCUAAUCUCAGAAACGGCUGAUCCGAGUUGGAUGCGGUUUUCACGAAUAUAUUGUGGGAUGCUUAAAUUUACAUUUAGUGUUUGUUUCAUGUCAAUCGGUUCAUAAAUAAAAAAGUUAUGUCAAAUUAAAGAAUCACGUCGAACAUUCUAUGCUUAUACCAUUAAUCUCCGCAACUAUUUGACGGAUUUGGUUGAAAUUUGGUACAGAUAUAGUUUAGAACCUUAGAAAGGACAUAGAUAUAUUUUUAUUUCAAAAAUCAAAAAAUAAAAAUAAGAAAUAAAUUAUUUAUAAAUAAUUCUAUGUCGAUCGUUACACGACUUCGGUUCAUGUUAUUGUUUUAAUUUAUCGAAAAAAAGUAAAUAAAUAGUAAAAAGGUAUGAAAAAAAUAAUAUCAAUAUAAUAAAACAUUUAGUACAAAGAAAAUGCUCUAACGGAGUAUAGAUAAUUCUAUGUCGAUCGUUACACGACUUCGGUUCAUGUUAUUGUUUUAAUUCAUCGAAAAAAAGUAAAUAAAUAGUAAAAAGGUAUGAAAAAAAUUAUAUCAAUAUAAUUAAACUUUUAGUACAAAGAAAAUGCCCGAACGGAGUAUAAAUAAAUAAUCCAAGUUGUCUUUAUCCUCGAUAGAUGGCGUUGGGAUCGAAAUAGAUCGCGCUAUGGUUUCGUUACAUUCAUUUGGUUGGGUAUCGGCCGAGCGCUUCGGUACUAUCGUAGAAAAAGUGUAUUAUCAGUCGUAUGAUUAUUUGUCUGUAGUGGUCCUGCUGUUUCGUAUAUUCUAAAUUGGUUUCGUUGUAUUUGUCAAUUAAUAAGUUUAUUUGUUGGGUUUUCCUGGUUUUUUGGUUAAACUAUUUAACGUAGGUUUAGUUUGAUAUCGAUUAUUAGUAGUUACUGUAGUUAGUUUUUUUAAUAAAAUUGUAAGUCUAAUUUUUUUUUUAAUUAGAUUAGAUUUAAGUCGUUUCUUUUAAAUUAUUUAGUUUAAGCUUGGUUAUUAUAGCAUAGAGGAUAGGUUUUAAUAUAGUUUCUUUUUUAAUUGUUAUAAAUUCGUAAUUCGUAGCUUUCUUUAGUUUUAAGUUAGUUUAAGUCCGUUUUUAAACUAUUUUUUCAAUGCCCUAAGUGAGUAUACAUCUAUUAAAUUUAAACGCAGAGCUCAUUAUGUUGAUUUUUGAAGAGUUCCCUGGAAUAUCUUCCACAUCUCAUUUUUGAAGAGAUCCCGCGAGAUCGGGAACUAUGUGGUUAAAACCAAAAAUUUGCCGGAAGUCACUAUUCCACGCGAACGAAGUCGCGGGCAAAAGCUAGUAAUUGAUAAAGUACAAUUACAGAGAUCUAGAAUAAGUAUGAAAUAAAUCAUAUGAUUGCCAAUUUUACAAUUA